AUGCAGUUACAUUUUGUACCAAUACCUGACAAUCCCUAUGCAUGGGACUAUACUGAUCCUAAUGGUACUAUACCAACCCAGCCAUACGAUGAACUAGGUAAAAUGUCCGAACUUUUAAGAAUCAGUUAUCAUUUAUCUGGCGCGUGUGGAUUCAUCUUCUCCUCGACUAUGUUAUACUUGGUAUUGUUCAAAACAACUGGAGCUUUGAAGCCAUAUGGUCGUAUGUUACUAUUCUGCUCUAUAACUGAUAUUACUUAUUGGGCUAUGGACAAUCUGGUUCAGGUGGUACGUACUUUAGAAAGUGUAGUAAAAUAGAGUUUUUAUUCUAGUUUUGACAGUAAUUACUUAAAAAUGGCAUUUUUAGUUUUGCAGGCUGCAGGUGACAAGUUAUACGAAAAACUUGGAAAUUUUAACUUUUAAACAAAAGAUAAGCUUUUAGGUAUGAAAAAUUUAAAAUUUCAGAAAGCCAAGUUGACAGAUGGUGUUUUUAUGGCCAGAUUAGAAGGUCCAGCCAGCUAUUUCGAAUACGAUAAUCAAGCUAAAGCGAUGGCACUGUUUGUAUGCGCAUUAGCGCUGAUUCAUACUAUUCUGCCAGCACAGUAUUACUUUAGGUACUAUGCUGUUACAAAGUAGGUCUUAAUUUCUUUGCGUUGUAAAAUUAAUUCUGUGAUUUAAUCAAUGCAAAUGUUUGACGUUAAGAGCACUGAAUUAUUUGAACAAGAUUAUCACAUAUCAUUUCUAUAAAAAUAGAUUUGUAAAAUACGCAAAUGUUUACUUAAUUUAUAUUGUAGUAUAGUAAAAUAGUGGAAAAAUACGUUGAAACUAUUACAGUAUACUAAAUAUAUUACAGUAUACCAAAGUUUGUAAAACUACAAAAUUAGUAUUUUAGAUCUCAACAACUAAGUGGCAUACGAACAGUUAUCGUGUACUUUUUAGCCCUAUCUUUUGCUAUAUUAAUGGGAUGGUGUGCUUAUGUUGGAUACAGUAUAUCAGCAACAGUGAGACCAGAAUAUAACUACGGUGUACUGUGGUAUCGAGAAGUGCCGUUACCCAAGGUUUUGUACGCUGAUAUUGUAAGUUAUCACAGACUCUACAAUGUUGUAACAUAAUCAAAAAUAUUUUUUUAAAAGAUUUGUUGGUUUUUAAUAGCUUUUUGAAAUGCUUCUUUGUUAUGCAAGCUGCGGUGACUUGUUAUCAGGCUUGGACACAGGGCAGGGCAUGGAAAUUUUCCAUGCCCUGCCCUGUGCCCUGCAAACCCUGCCCUGUACAGGGCAUUGUGCUUUUAUGCCCUGCCCUGCCCUUGCCCUGCAGGGCAUCAGGGCAUUUACAGGGUAUUUACAGGGCAUUUGGGUAUAUUUUGGCGGACGCCUUCGCCGAGCGGUCGAUAAUCGGCGGACGCCAUAACUUGGUUAGUUUAGCAGCUAGAAAAAUGUAGUUAAGUGCAGAAGUUGUUAUCUGUCAUAACCUACACAUUAAGCAAGAAAUUAAUGUUUUUGAAAACAAUAUUGUUAUCGACCGGUCGAUAAUUUACAAAUGUUUAAUUUUUACAAAAAACAAAGUUUUUUGCUUAGUAUUGUAUCUAAUGCAAUUUCUAUACAAUUUAGAACAACAGAGCGAUAAGAAUAUAUAUAAAAUUUGCAAUUAAAAUAUACUAAAAAUUAUCAACCGGUCGAUAACAAUACUACUUUUAAAAUCUUAAAAUUAUGCUUUUACUUGUAACGCAUGACAUAUAAUAACUUCUGAAUUGAACUACAGUUUCUAGCUGCUAAACUAACCAAGUUAUGGCGUCCGCCGAUUAUCGACCGCUCGGCGAAGGCGUCCGCCAAAACUUACCAUGGCACAAACAAGGCAUUUGAAGGGUAAUGCAGGGCAUAGGGCAUGCCCUGCCCUGUUCCAAGCUAUGCCCUGCCCUGCCCUGUAAAAAAAUUUCAAACCAUGCCCUAUGCCCUGCCCUGUGUCCAAGCCUACUCGUUAUACGAUAAAAUGUGUUUUUAAAUUGUAUUUUUUCUUUAAUAACUGACUUAAAAGAUUAUUUUUGUCAUUAUAUGACAUGUUGUCUGAAUUUUCAUUAUGAGUUAUUUUUAAAUUAAUUUUCAGCGCAAUAUCUACCACAAGCUCUACUUUUUUUACUCUGGUGCUUUGGUAACUAGUUGUUAUGUUUUGUUAUUGUUGUAUGCCUACAAAACAUUAAAUCAUCUGAAGAUCAAUAGUAAAAUGUACUCGGAGAGGACAAAAUCAAUGCAACGACAGCUUUCUAGAGCUUUGUUAAUUCAGGUAAAAUAGGAAAGUUCUAUCUUCACAUUAUACUAAACACGUAUUGGUAAGAGUAUAUAAAGUAAUAUCAUUUACAAAAUAUGCUUUCAGAGUGUUCUGCCAAUUUUCACAUCGAUAGCACCAAUAUUAUUCAUAUGUGUACCAUCUUUCUUCUACCUAGAUACAGGAAAACUAGCGAUGGUAUGUAUAAGUAUUACCAGUUGGAUUCCAGUGUUCAACCCCCUGUUAACAAUCACUGUCAUAAAGCCAUACCGUCGUGCUAUUACGACUUUACUUGCCAGGAAAUCUGUCAAUCCAUCGAAUACAAGAGAUGACCCUAGCAACAAUAACGAUCAUAAUAAUGUAGUUUUGUAG